AUGUCGAAGCAAUUGCCGAACGCUCAAAGAGAUGUCGAAGCCCUUGUUCUUCCAUCCAAAUGCCACGAUACUGGACGGUUUUCUCUCCGAACGCUGGUGCAGUUUAUUGCCACUGUUGGCUUGCUGGCCACCGGGUACCAGUACAUUUGGCCCCAGUCUCUUGCACCUUCUGACGGCGAAAAAAAGGCUUCCCCAAUCGCAGUUCCUGAUUUCCAGGAGCGGCGAGAUCGAUUAGCGGAAGCGCUGGUGGCCGAGGACGUCGAUGCUUUCGUAGUGGAACCUGGCUACACCUUCAAGUAUUAUGGCAAUGUUAGCCAGCCAGAAUGGGAGGUUUGGGAGCCGGAAGAGCGCCCGUUCCUGAUGGUUGUUCGUCCCGUCUUGGAUCAGGCGACAAGCCAAGUAAGGGCAAACACAACGUUCCUCUGUCCAUCCUUUGAAGCCGAGCGAGCCCGUCUGUUAGAUAUGCCUUUUACUGAAGAGAUCCAAAUUGUCCCUUGGGAGGAGCAUUGGGACCCGUACAGCACUCUUCAGCAGUCAGACGUAUUCCUUGGUGUUAGUCGUGUGCCACGCUUAAUGGUCGACGAGGAAAUGCGAGACUUCAUUCAACGAGGACUGGGAUCUGCGGGAUUUGAGGUAGUUGGCCUGCGCGGUCAAGUCGAAGAGGUGCGGCAGAUCAAGACUGCGCAUGGUCUCUAUCCCGGAUUGACCGAGAAUGAAAUAGCCACCGUGCUUGACAACGCCCUUCGAGCAGCUGGAAUGGAGCCAUUCUUCGACAUCGUGCUCUUUGAUGAGAAUGCAUCAAACCCCCAUGGCGGAACGGAUGGAGAAAAGGUUCUGGAGCCAGAAACAUUUGUCCUGAUUGAUGUCGGUGCUCAUCUCUACGGGUAUUCUUCGGAUAUUUGCCGUACUUUCUUCCCUCCGUUUCUCGAGAAGCCUUCAAAGAGUGCCCCCUUGUCGCCAAAUUUGAAGGAGAAGCUCAAGGUUUGGGAUGUUGUAUUUGAGGCGCAAACACAGUCGAUCCAUCAUAUGAAAGAAAAUCUCACGGCGGCAAGUGUCGAUAUUGCUGCCCGAGAUAUCAUUACCAGGGCUGGUUAUGGCGGAACUUUCACACAUCGGGUUGGUCAUGGAAUUGGCAUCAAAGGCAUGGCGUUCACAUCCGAACCCGGUAUUUACUUGGUUGAUAAAUUCGGUGUCCGACAUGAGGACAUACUGCUUGUUCAGGGCAACGAAGAGCCACAGCUUCUGACAGGUAGCAGAGCCCAGGGACCUUGCGGGACCCUUGAAGACCACAACUUCAGUCUGGAAAUCAAAUUCUCUUACGAUCAUACCUAG